UUUGUUUAUGUAUAGCUAACACCUAACGAAUAGCUCCUAAGCUAAUAUAAGAAAGCUUAUGUUAGUUUUAGUCAUUUAGUGUUCUGUCAUCUCACUCAUCCGCAUCUUUGAUAUAUUUCUCAUGUCUCAUCGGGCUGGAUCGCCUUCUUCUGUUUCCCCCAAAUCGUCCAAAGUCGAAAGAAAGGGUCAAGAAGGAAGGACAGCAUUGGAGAAACAUGUGGCCUUCUUCGACAGGAACGGAGACGGCGUCGUAUAUCCGUGGGAAACCUACCAAGGAUUUAGAGCGCUUGGGACAGGGCGUCUCACGUCGGCUAUUGUUGCUAUCUUCGUCAACAUGGGACUCAGCGGGAAAACUCGUCCGGGAAAAGGAUUCUCGCCGUUGUUACCAAUAGAAGUGAAGAAUAGUCGUUUUGGCAUUCAUGGUAGUGAUACCAACGUCUACGACAAGGAUGGAAGAUUUGUGGAAUCAAAAUUCGAGGAGAUGUUCAAGAAGCAUGCUCGUAAACAUAAAGAUGCUCUCACUUCAAAGGAAAUUAAACAAUUGCUUAAGACGAACAGAGAACCUAACGACUUCAAUGGAUGGGUUUCAGCUCUUUUGGAAUGGAAACUAUUACAGAACUUGGCCAAAGACAAAAAUGGUUUGUUGACGAAAGAUGUAGUAAGAGGCGUCUACGAUGGCAGCCUUUUCACACAACUGGAGAAACAAAGAUCAUCAUCUUCUUCUCGUGGCAAGAAACAAAAGCUACCUUAAAAUGUUUACAACCAUUUCAUUAUAUAUGUAUAUGUGAAUCUUCUUACAUUACUAUUGACUUUUUUUUAUUAUU